CCCUCCCCGCAACCCGGCCGCAAGACCGUCCGUCCGACUAGAAGGUAACAAAAAUGGGCUCUACACGUCUGUACACCAAGGGCCGCGUCCUCGGCCACAAGCGCGGCAAGCGCAACACCAGGCCGAACACGUCCCUUCUGCAGAUUGAGGGUGUUGGCAGCAAGGAGGACGCGCAGUUCUACCUCGGGAAGCGCGUUGCGUACGUCUACCGUGCGAAGACGGAACGGGCGGGCUCAAAGGUGCGAGUCAUCUGGGGGCGCAUCUCUCGCCCACACGGGAACUCGGGCGUCGUCAAGUCCAAGUUCAGGUCAAACCUCCCCCCGCACGCGUUCGGUGCCAGUGUCCGCAUCAUGCUUUACCCUUCCAACAUUUGAUUAUUGUACUCUCUCGCAUUGCACUCUUAUCACGCAUGGGCAUAUACUGCGAAUAUGACACUACGCUAUGGCAUGCAUGAUGAUGUGGACCAUACAAGAGUGUGCCAAAGAUACCGAUUCGACUUCGAUUACAGGGUACGAGACCUUCUCGUCGCAUAGUUCCAAACUGGCUAUGACUGGGUGUUGUGCGAGCGCAUUGGCGUCAACCACCCCCGUACAACAGAGUCAUAUCCCUAUGUGGAUGAACGGUGCCCAACGGCUUGGAGGAUGGCCCGCUCGCCUGAGUUGC